AUGGAUCCUAAAGUAAGAAAAUGUGGAAAAAAUUCUUUGCAAGACAUCAAUAUGAAGUCACCUGAUAUAGAGUUACAGAAAACGGAAGAUAUGCUUCAGAGGAAGAUUGUUUCUGCUUCAGCAUCAGCCAACUUAAUUGAUGGAAGUCCAGUUAAAUACUUCAAACUAGCACUAAUAAUGAGUCAGUGUCUUUCUGUUCUUAAUCACAGCUUCGUCAAUAUGUUCUUGCGGCAUAUCUUUAUCGCCCCAGCCCCAAACAUCAUGGCUACCAUCUCCAGUGCGUUCAACUCGCCGCUGAAUCGUAGAGACCGGGACCGUCUUCAAAUCGUACGCCCAGCCAAUGAGAGCAAAGAAGUCGAUGAACGCAGUCGUGAAAUUGGCGCGGUAGUUGCCCAGCUCAGCGGCUUUGUAAUCCCAAGGGAACACGUGCAGCCAGCCCACGUGCGAGAAGAAGAAGCCGCGGCUGGCGUUGUGCGGGUCGGCGUCCGUCUCGCUGUACUUGUGGUGCACGCGGUGGUCGCGCACCCACUCGUAGAUGUGGUUCUGGAAGGCCAGCGUGUCGAUCACCAUGAGGAAGAGGCGGAGAGGCCACUUGGCCUUGUACGAGCGGUGACACCACAGGCGGUGGGCGCCGGCGGUGAUGGCCACGGCGGACAGCUGAAGAUUUUGGAUGUUUUGAAUGAUUGGAUUGUUGGAGAAUCUAUUUUGGGUAGCUCUGAAUGUUGUCAUGAUGUCAGGCCUCAGGCAAAAAUAGAGAGAAAAUUUGGAGGACGGCAUGAUAUAAUGUUUGAGGAUGUAGUAGAAACUGCAGCACAGCCAGAUUAUCUGACGCAGUGGCAGGGAGCUCAAGAAACUGCCCGGGCUAAAUACCCGGGGCGGGCCAAACCAAAGAAGAGGACGGCAACGGCUCCAAAGGUGGAACAGAGUGUGUGGCACUCCAACGGCAGCAGAGGCGAAUGGCCGUCUUCACACAUAGCUUUAUGCGCUGCCCCGCUACCUUCCGGUCGUCAUGAACUGAGCACCCCUGUAACGUCGCCACUGGCAACUCGACCACCCAUCGCCAUUAUUUUAUUUUUACGUAACUACGCCCUGGGUACUUGCAACGUGCCUGUGGUAUUUCCUGGACAUUAUAAGGAUAAGGCACAAGAUCCUACAUCUUCUGUUGCAAGAGUUGCAAAAUACAGGAAGAAGUUCAAGAACGAAAAUCCACGAAAAUGGAAAGAAUUUCUUGGGAAAGAUAGAAAUAGAAAUUUGUUGAAAAGACAAGAGGAUAAAAAACGUUUAAAUGAUGAAAAAAUGUUAAAACAGAAAAAGAGAAAUAACAUGAAUAAGAAUUCAGAAUUAGCAUAAAAAGAAAUUUAUGAAGAAUUAGCAAAACAAAAUGAAAGCACCUGAUUAAACAAUAGGUUUAUAUGCAGCAAAAAGCACUCUUACGAAAGCAGUAUGUAAAUCAAGAAGAACCUUCAAAAUAACCCAUUAAAGAAAAAGCAGUUCGUCAGCUUAGAAAGAGUCAUUCAGUGGUAUAGUUGACAUCUAUAAUGUCACAAAAAGGUCAAGAUGUGGCAUGAUGCCUGAAGGCGUAAGAGAAUGUCAAAAAGUUUUUUUUGGAUCAGAUGACGUAAGCUGGCAAGUACCAAGUAAAAGGAAUUAUGUGUCUGUUAAAAACAAAAAAGAAAUGACAGAGAGUUUGAAUGUAAAAAUGCUACCUCUUUUGACUAUUUCAGAACUCCAUUCACUUCAUGAGGAAAAAAGUAAAAUUAAACUUUCUUGUUCUAAGUUUCACCAGUUGUGCCCUGACCAUGUGAAGACUUACUCUGAAUGAUGAUUUUUCCCACAUUUGUAAAUUUUAUUAACCCAAAAAUCAGUUCUGGAAAUGAUGUGUUAUAGUAUUGAAAAGCGAGCCUUGCAUGAUAAAUAAACCCGAAACGUAUUAAAUUUUAAAAAUGUAAUGUUCAAUUUCAAGUACAAGUUCUUUUCUAAACACGAGACAGGAAUCAGUGAAAGAAAUACCUGGGUGUAGGAAAUUUAAUAAUUUUGAGAAAUAUGAUGAGAAACAUUUUUUGGCAAGUUUUACUAAUAACUCAGAAUGAAAUAAGUUAUUUUUCUUAAAAAAACAAUAUAAAAUUAAAGUAAUUAUAAUUACUAUAAUUUGAUGAUAUUAAGAAAAAUUUAUGUUAAAUGUUACAUUGAGUUGUAACGUGUAACAUCCAUUACAAAUUAGGAUGUAAAAUCUGUAACCGAUUUUUUUAAAGUGAAACAUCAAGAAGCAUACAACACAAUAUUAUUUCCCAUUAAGUCUGGCGUACCCCAACAAAGCAUGCUGGGUCCUAUAAUCCAUUUAUAUAAAGAUCUUCCAAAGUCUGCAAAUAUCACUAUCGCAACAUAUGCAGACAACACAGUGGUUCUAACUUCUCAUUAAGAUCAUGAAAACGCCUCAGAAUUGCUCAAGGAACAUUUAAACAAAUUAUCAACAAAAUUUAAAAGAUGGAGAAUUCGAAUUCAUUAAAUAAAACCUACUCAUGUGACUUCCACCUACAAAAUGAAAACUUGCCCCUCAAUUACAAUGAAUAAUAAAUUACAGUCACAGAUGGC